AUGGCCGUCAGCGGGUACGCAUCGCAGGAUGUCGAAUUGGCUGUGGGACGGAAGGUCUCGGUGGUAGGCUACUCGGCCACCGUGCGAUUCGUGGGUGAGGCACACUUCGCUCCGGGUGAGUGGAUCGGUGUCGAGCUUGAACCUGCCGUCGGCAAGAACGACGGCGCAGUUCAGAACAGAAGGUACUUCACCUGCGAGCCCAAUCACGGCCUCUUUGUCCGUCGGAGUGUGGUGCAGCCCAUCCCAGAUGGUGAUCCACCAAGUCCUAGCAAGGCGAGGGUCCUUUUCGCAGGUGCUGGUCCUGAGAUCUGUGAGGCACCAGCAAACAGCGAUGUUGAAGGUGGUGACUCCCACAGUGAGGAUGACGUGGACGAGGUGGCGAUGCUGCCCGUACAAAGCAUGCGCCGCAAGGGCGUGUCGGCGGAAGCUCGUGGUGAGGAGGACGACUGGGUGCCGCCUGUCCAUGAGAAGAGCUUGGAGGAGAAGCAGCAGCUCAAAGAAGUCAUCGACAACUCGCGUGACAGUAAGCUGCGAAUGAUGUUUGGGAAUCUUUCUGCCAAAGGUUUGGAGCGGGUCGUUGAGGCCAUGUUCAAGAAGUCCGUGGGAAAUGGGGAGACAAUCAUCAGGUUUGGUGAUGAAGGAGACAACUUCUACAUCGUCAAGCGUGGCAAGUUUGACAUCCAUGCGUACCGCCGCAUUCAGCAGGCCGAGGCUGAGCCUGAAAGCUCGGCAGAGUUCGUAAAGGUCUUCGAAGCAGCGCCCGGCUUUGCUUUCGGUGAGGCUGCCCUGCUCUACAAUGCCCCGCGGUCGGCGACCAUUACAGCGAGCGAGGACUCUGAAGUGUGGUGCCUUGAGAGACGAGCUUUUCGUGAGCUUGUCAUCAGGGCUUCCGAACAGAAGUUCAAGGAGUAUUCGGAGUUCCUGAAGCGAUGCGACGUUUUGCAAGAGUUGGACGCGGAACAGAUUGCAACUUUGGCUGAGGUCGUUGACGAGGAGGAUUUCUCUGCGGAGGAGGUCAUAAUUCAGCAGGGAGGUCGCGACAGCAACAUGUUCAUCAUCCUGCACGGCCAAGCUGUCGCGUGCAUCGCUGGCGACAAGGGCGAGGUUCAGGUCAAGACCUACAGCAAGGGCGACUUCUUCGGAGAGAUUGCACUUCUGCUGGGAGAGCCCAGGAAGGCCAGCGUCUACGCCAAAGGAAAUGUCACCUGCCUUGUAAUCACAAAGCAAGUGUUCGACCGAGUGCUGGGUCCUCUCAGAGACUUCUUGAAGAAGAAUCUGACAAAGUAUGCCCGGUACCAGGACGCAAUUGAGCAAGGUGGGGAGAUGCGAGACACGCGGCUAAGCGACGAGCCACAUCGAGCAGAGAUGGAGCAUGAGGCAGAGCUGGAAGCGAGCCGAAAUCAACAUGCAGAGGAAGGAGAAGCCCGCCCUGCACGAAGGCGCUUGCUCAGGAAAGCAGACCGUGCGAACACAGUGUACAAUGUGAAAAUCAAGUUGCCUGUUGACCUCGACAUUGACGAGGAGGAGGAGCAAGCUGAGGCCGACCAUGCUAUGCAUUGCGGAGAUCCUUCGUGUACAGAAGUGACCAAGCCUCUCGUUCGAGGAGAGGGCAAGAAGCAAACGCUCGCAGAACGUGUUGAAGAAGAUUGGAAGAAGCCUAAGCUUGUGUCCCCCACCGAAGGUUUCAUGGUGGCGAAGAGUAAGUUCACAGCCUUCGGUGGUCUGCGCAAAGGGGAGAAAUUCACGAUGGACAAAGCCGCCAUCGUGCGAAGUCAGGCUCGUGCGCAGAGAGACGGUGAAGAGGAGACCUACCGGUGGUCGGGACCGAGCUGGCUUAAGGGACAGAUCCACAUGGCCGUGCUUUGUCAAAAAGGGCAGAAGUCGGCCGCAGAUCCAACUCCAAAUCAGGACAACUAUUUUGCCCUUCAUGUUGGGAGCAUUGGGCUGUAUGGUGUGUGCGAUGGACAUGGCCCGUUUGGACACCUCGUUUCCUUCCGCCUGGUGCAGACUUUACCACAUUACUUGACCACCAGCAAGAGCUGGGGCGAGGACUGGGACACCUGUUUGAAGGAAGCCUUCCUCGCGGCCCAGGCAGACCUGUUGACGCUUGCCGCAACAGAAGGCAUCAAUUUGGAAGCUUCUGGUGCAGCUGGGACAGUGCUCGUUUUCGAGGGCCCGUGCAUCCAUGUUGCUCACAUCGGCGACGCAGGAUGCCUGGUAGCAUCCUGGAGCCGGCACGAUUCACGAGUCUUGCAUGGCACGGAGGACCACAAGCCAAACAAUCCCGAAGAACGCCAGCGGCUCGAGGCGGCAGGAAGUGAGGUUCGGCAGGUGGAUGUGGACAGCUUCCGGAUUUACAUCAAGGGCACGAAUUUCCCCGGCCUGACCAUGUCCCGCGCCUUCGGCGAUACUGCAUGUGCGGGUGUGCUUCGUGAGCCGCACUACCAGCGCAUGUUCAUCCAGCCAUCGGAUGAGGUGUAUGCUGUGAUCGCCUCUGACGGCAUCUGGGAGUUCAUUGACUAUGCCAAAGCUGUCGACCUCACGUCAAAGAAGCUCCGCCUGAAGGGUCCCCGAGAGGCGGUUCGGCACCUGGUUGAUGCCAGUCGGAAGCGAUGGGCUGCCUACUGUGGCGAGUAUUGUGACGACAUCACCGCCAUGAUUGUGAAGUGGAACGUCAAUGUCAAG